ACAUUAAAUAACAACUAUGUUUUUUUAUUAUUAUAUUUUUCAAGCAAUUUAUAUUUAUUUAUAGGUGAUAAAAAAUUUGUAGUACUAGGUUCAGGUAAACCUUUGCGUCAAUUUAUUUAUUCACUAGAUCUUGCAAAACUAUUUAUUUGGGUCCUGAGAAACUAUAAUGAUGUGGAACCAUUAAUAUUAUCAGUGGAUGAAAAGGAUGAAAUAUCUAUACGUCAACUAGCAGAAUUAAUAUCUAAAAAUUUCAAUUUUCAAGGUACUUUAGUAUAUGAUACCAGUGCAGCUGAUGGACAAAUUAAAAAAACUGCUAGUAAUAAAAAACUUAGACAACUUUUACCAGAUUUUGAAUUUACUAAUAUGGAAUCAGCAAUAGCUCAUACAGUUAAAUGGUUUCAAAAUAACCAUAAACAUGCAAGGCUUGUCAAUUAAUGAAUGUUUCUUAUAAAUUAUAUGAAUUAAAUUUUUAAUUAUUAAAAAAAAAAUGUAUAUGAAAAUUCUAUGCCAUAAAAGUAUUUUUUAACUACCAUUUUUUAUAUUAUAAAAGAAACUUAGUUGCAAUUACCUGUAAUAUUUAAAAUUGAUUGUUUGAUAAGAGCAUUAAAUUAUAUUUAUAAUGGAUUAGUGCACUAAUAUGUUAAUAAAUAUAUCGUUACUCAAACCAUAUAAAAUAUUAAAAGAAAUAAUCUAAUUUCCUUCUACCUAGAAUAUACUUUCGUAUAGAUAUGAAUAGUUUUUUAUAGUAAAAAUUU